GCCAUUGCAGCUGCUAGGAGAGCUAAAGCUACGGGGUUCCAUGACAAGUUUUUAGCGCUGUGGUUUUGCUAGCUGGGUGUAGCUGGGAGGGAGGUCGGUUGGUUGUUCAAGCUCGACCUGGCACUGAUUGUUCGUCCGACACAACCCCAUUCAUCCUAUCCGCCAGAUCUGUGAUCGACGUUCGCCUUCAAGUCAGCGUUUCUGGAGCUCAAACGCUGAAGACAUCAAGCUGGCCUGUGGGAAGAGGAAGUAGGAAUUUGCCGAAUUGACGCCAAUUGACCAUCAAUUGAGGUUCAAUUGGCUCCCUGUGUCCCUGCUCGAGGUGUCAAUGCUAACCAAGGCUGGAAGAGGAAAGCUGCGACACGUGUCCUGUCGGUGACUUCAACCCCUGCACGGGCUUUUGACAUAGAAAGCAGCCUUGCCUGCAAUCGUUUUCUGGAGUUCGACAAAUCGCAGGCAGUCAGUCACCUGCACUUGUUGUUAUUUUAUAUAAACCACACAUCAACACAUUCGGCCACAAUCAAUCACCAUGGCCGACGCGGAGCAGAAACCUCCGCAAAGCCAGGAGCCCGAGGGCUUCUCGGAGGAGGAAAAGGCACUUUUUGAGAAGCUCAACAUCGGCAAGGAGGGCGGCAUGCCCAUGCCCGACUUCAUCAAGCCGUCCGAGGUGCGCAGCCGGACGGCGGGACUGGCCGCCAGCAUCUUCAAGGCCUACCACUCGCUGCAGCACGUCGUGGGCGAGCACGAGCCGACCCUUGCCAGGCGCUGGGCCGGCAUCAAGCAGAAGAAGAAGCGAAAGGAGCUGCUGCUGGCCGCCGCCAAGGCCAUCGAGGUGGCGGGCGAGAGCUGGAAGGUGCCCGAUGGUCACCGUCCCGACAUUGACAUUUGGCGCGACGUGCGCGAGGGCGGCUCCGACGAGAAGCUGUUUGCCGCCAAGGAUGCAGCCCGCCGCGCCGCCUUCCUCUGGCCCCACCUCAACCUCGAGGAUCUGAGCCGUCCCGAGCCGCUGGUGCUGAUGCUGGCCUCGCGUGCCCGCAGCGCACCCGACGCCUUUGCCGCCGCCGACCUGGAGCGUGCCAGGUUCGCCAUGGAGUCCCUCGCCCUGAUGCCCCACUACCUCAACCGCUACACCAUGAUGUUUGACAAGCGCACCAAGCCGGAAGAGUACGGCGAGCUGGUCGCGUGGGAGGACCUGCCCGAGGAUUCCAACAAGAAGUGGCUGUUUGAGCGCCGCGGCAUCCACCCGGGUGAGGGCCUGUGGCUCCUCGAGGUCCAGGACGUGACGUACCGCUUCCUGCUCGAGGUGUGCAAGAAGAUCCUGCACGACAUCCCCGAGGACCAGCUGCUUGCCAACGGCGACGCCAAGACCCCCACCGCUCCGCCGACCGAGCCCGCCACGGCGGCCGAGUACACAUCCCUCAUCACAAAGAUCGCCGAGGAGCCCUACCGCAGCCCCGCCGGCCUGGACAGGACGCAGCUGCUGGAGCCCGUGCAGGCCCGGCUCCAGGAGGCCAAGGACCACCUGCAGGCGCUGCGCGAAGACCCGGCCUACUUUGAGGCGGUGCUCAACGACUGGGCGACGCACCGACGCGAGCAGCUCGUGGACGCUGCCGGCAACCCGCACCCGAUCCUGGCCAAGAGCCCGCAGGUCUUUUGGGGGCGCGUCGUCAACCGCGUCGUCAACUCGGCGCUGCUCGACGUUGUCGAGUGGGGCGUGGUGCUCAGCAAGGUCAAGACGCUGCUGGCGCUGCUGGACGAGCACGAGCCCACGCUCGACGAGGGCAAGGACCUGCCGGCGGAGCUGGCGUUUGCCUUUUACACGCUCGACCACCACGUCGAGCAGCUCAAGGCCGGACCCUUUGCAAACAUCACCAUGGGUCUCGUCGCCAGCCCGCCCAUGCGGCCUUACUUCCAGCUGGUCACCCCCGAGAGCGCAGAGGACAAGACGCUGUCGAUUGCAGCCGUCGAGGAGGCGCCGGCAGAGGAGUCGACGAGGCUGCUGAUCCGCCGCCUGGGAGUCGUCCAGGACGAGAAGCAGCGACAGCUGGUCGGCCUGCCCGCCGCGCUCGACGAGCUCGAGUACCUCCUGACCUCGCAGCACCCGGAGGCCAAGGCCAAGAUCACACCCUGGGUGGCGGCGCAGCUGUCGUCGCUUUCGGUGUACAGCAGGCUGCUGCGGCAGGUUGAGCUCUUCCAGCCGUGGGCGGCGCGGUUCGGCGCCGACGUGCAGGACAAGGGUGUGCGCGAGGCGCUGGACGGCGACUUCCGCCGGUCGGUGCAGGCUGCCAACGUGCCCAAGGUGACGGCGUACGAGGUCAACGAGAGGUUGGUCGGCAUGGCCAUGCCGGGCCAGAACAAGUUUGCGUACCCGCUCGAGAACGUCAUCGCGCCCGGCAGCGCGGAACAGAUCCGCCGCUCCGAGGUCAACCUGGACGGCUUCUGGGGCCGCGUCAAGGUGGAGCUCGAGCGGUCGGGCGCCAUGACGGGCGCGCUCAAGGACGUCUUUGCCAAGCCGCUGCGCAGGCUGGGCGGGCCGGCGGCCGACGCGGCUGCGCUCUCGGGCAAGGCCGGCAAGGGCGGCAAGCAGGCCAACGGUGGUGUCGGCGCCAACGGCGAGGCCAUGGAGGACUGGGAGAUUUACGCGGCCGAGAUGGCAGCCAAGGAGGCGGCGCAGACCCAGAAGAAGGCUGCCGCCGCCGCCGCCACCAGCAACGGAACCGCCAAGAACGGGACCAAGCCCAAGAAGGUGACGACGGACAAGCGGUCGCUCAAGGUCUUCAAGUCGCUGUUCCACGACCCGCUCGCCAACCCGGGCUCCAAGCCCGCCGAGGUGUCGUGGCCCGAGUUUGUGCACGCCAUGCACACGGCAGGGUUCUCGGUGGUCAAGCUGUACGGGUCCGCGUGGCUCUUCAUCCCCUCGGCCGAGGUCGGCGGCGCGCCGUUCAUGGUGCAGGAGCCUUACACUGCGUCGAGCAAGAUGUCUCCGACGGCGGCCCGGAUCGUCGGCAGGAGGCUGGCGUGGAAUUAUGGAUGGGACAGGGGAUCGUUUGAGCAGUAACGACGUGCACUUGUGGGGGCUGAUGUGGUCUUUUGAAGGGUGUGGUUUUGGGAUGCUGAUGUCGGUUGCUGAUUAUGUUUUCUAUUUUUGGAUCCUUUUUUUUUUUUUUGACUGCUUUUUUGCUUUGCUUAUCUUGUCUAUUUCUUUUUGUUUUUUGCGUGUGGUGUCUUGUAUACAAAGCAAAAUUGGGUGUUUUUUUUUUCCUCCACGAAAAAAAGGGUGCAGUUCCCCGCCUCUGGUAACAAAAAAGAACGAUUGGUUUACGAUAUGGAUUGGAGCAUCCCUCCAUCUUCUUGCCCGGGGUGAUUGGUGCCAGG